AUGGUAGAGUUGAUAAAAGAUUAUGAGUUAGUGAUUGAUUACCACCUGGGAAAGGCAAACGUGGUCGCCGAUGCCUUGAGUAGGAAAUCCUUUUUUGCAUUGAAGGCUAUGAAUAGUCAGUUGGCCUUGUUAGAUGAUGGAUCUAUUCUAGCUGGGCUAAGAGCUAGACCAAUGUUUCUUCAAGAGAUUUAUGAAGCUCAUCAAAGUGACGGUGGUUUGCAAGCCAAAAGAGUCCAAUAUGAAUCGAGUAAGGAAUUAGACUUUCGUUUUAGUCUCGAUGGUUGCUUGAUAUUCCAAAAUAGGAUAUGUAUUCCUAAGGAUACCGAGUUGAUUCAGAAGAUUUUGCUUGAGGCCCAUAGUGGUCGUUUGUCUAUGCAUCGGGUAGUAUGA